AUGGCGCUCGAAGACGGUUCCGAUGACGCUCUGGAGGCUCUGUUGGACGACGCGCUGAGAGACUUGGAAGAAGAUGCCGCCUGCCAGCCGCCCACGCCCUCUGACUUGGGCUCCUCGAGUGAUACCACACCUGUCAGGCAAUCGGCCGGAGCGACCACCAGGGGCGAUGCGGGCUCCGGUGGCUUGGCAUUCGAUCCCCUCAAGGGGCCCAAGCCAUCUGCGGGCACACGGCGGGGUGCAGCUGCCGACGGCGAGAGGUUGGUAGAGAGGCGGAAGGCUGAAGACGUGCGGGAGGUGUGCGCGGGGCUGACAAAGCUCACCGAAGAAAUAGCCGCCUUGGGCAGCCAGGAGAAUGGACCAGGCUCCUGGCCUGCGGAUGCUGGCCAUCAGGAUACCCUGAAUGCCCUGAAAGCUGCAUUAGCAGACACAACACACCCAGGCCAAGGAGUGGCGCAAGACAGCGACGACGGCAAUAUGGAGGCAAUAGUUGGGAUUGUCAUGCAGAAACUAUUGUCCAAAGAGAUGCUGUAUGAGCCGAUGAAGGACAUCUGCUCCAGGUAUCCUGCUUGGUUUGAGGCAAAUGCUGCAACACUGGACAAGCUCGAGGAGCAGCGGUUCCGGAAGCAGUACGAAUGUAUUAAGAAAAUCAUAGACAUGUACGAGAAAGAGCCGGACAACACGAGUGAGAUAAUGAACCUCAUGCAAGAGGUUCAGUCAUGUGGCCAGCCCCCACAGGACAUAGUUGAGCAAGUGGCGCCCGGGUUGGAAAUGGGCGACACUCUGGAUGAUGCCGGGCCUGCAUCUGUGCCGCCCGGGGACUUUCCAGAGUUGGCAGAGAACUGCAAGAUGCAGUGA